CCAGGUGUGAAGCGAGCGUGCAAUGAUUGCCGCCAGCAAAAGCUACGCUGUAACGUCGUUGCAGGUCCCGGCGACGUUGUCGUCGAGCCGUGCAAGCGCUGCGUCAAGCACAGCCUAGAAUGCUCGAUUGACAACAACUUCAAGCGGCUGGGCAAGCGCGCCGAGCAUGAGGAGAUGAAACGCGAGCUCGAGCUAUGCAAGGCCAGGUUGGUGCAGUUCGAGGCUCACGGCUACCAUCUCCCGGACGAUACACGUACCAGCCCUGCCUACACUGGGACAGCAUCGUACAACGCUUCUCCCACAGCCAGCGCUCCUGUGGCUCAGAUGGCCGGGCAGCCAUUCCUGGGGCCCAGCGAAGCAGCUGCAUCCCGGAGCCUGUUGGAUCUCAGUCAGGGCUACAGGGAGCUUCCACCAACGUCAUUUCCAAGCAUUACGCCCGGUGCCUCGCCAAAGACAUUGCGAAAUGUCACUCUGGUCGAGGAGCAGCUUGUUGAUCUGUACGCCAUCUAUUUCAGCCACUUCCACCCGUAUCUGCCGGUCCUUAAUCCAGACUGGUCCUAUCAAGCCUACUACAGCCUCCAUCCGCUGCUUCAUUGGACUAUCAUAGCUGUAGCCGCUCGGCGUUACGAAGCAAAGCCCGGGCUACUCGUUGAGGUUCAGCAGCCACUCGAGGAAAUGCUGUGGACCACUCUCUCGCAAGUUCCGCAAGUGUACCAUGUCUGCAAGGCUAUUGCCAUCCUCUGUACAUGGCCGCUCCCGAACUCUUCGACUUCGCAGGAACCAACGAUGAUGCUCAGCGGGAUCAUGUUCCAGCUCGCCAUGCAAUACGGUUUGCACCGCCCCAGUCAUGCUCAAGACUUCAGUCGAUUUCGUGUGGACUUGCGAGAAGAGGACAUUGCCGAUCGGCUCAACACUUGGGCUACUGUUAAUGUCGUGGCGCAAAUGGUAUCGACAGGACAGGGUCAACCACCGCUGUCUAGGUGGGCAUGGUACACUUACGGCCUACAUUUGGAUCGUAUGAAGCCUGAGCUGCACACACGCUGCCAGAUAGAGAAGUUCUGCGACACCGUGACAAGAACGGUGUUUACUAUGCAGCGGGAUCACAUCGUGGAAGUUGAUUACGCCCAGCGUGGUCUGCAGAUCCAGGCCUAUGCGAGGGAACUCAACGAAAUGGAGGUUACUAUAAUGUCUACACGUUCCAGCGUCAUCGACACCUUGUAUCUCAAGGCUGCGGCGUUGCAUCUCCGCCUAGCUGCAUUUUUCGACAAGCCUACGACGCCGAACUAUCUGGCCGAUCUCCGCGACGUCUACAUCGCCGCCUCAUCCUUGCUCACAGUCAUUCAAGAGCUUCCGACCCACUUGCUGAAUUAUGUUCCACGCUAUAUUGAACAAAUGAUGCUGGCCGGCGCUGUAACGCUGCUCAAGCUGCUCAACUCGUUUUACGCAUCUCAUGUCGACAUCCCGCAAGGCCGCACCCUCUUUUCCAAGACUGUCGCAACGUUGCGCAAACUGUCUGUUCGCUCAAACGAUUUACCGCAGAGGCUUGCAGAAGUCAUGGCUCAGCUUUGGCAGAGCUCGGGCGCCAGCCAGCAAAGGCUCUUCAACGGUGACGCCGGACCGCACAAGCCAGGUCCGAACGACUCGCUGCAGCUUCGAGUACGCUGCCGCUCUUCACUGUCUAUCCUCUAUGAUGCGAUCUGGCGUUGGCGUCAGCAAGUAGGCCAAGAGGGCCGUAACAAUCUUGACCGGGCUGUGCAGCACCCUACCGCCAUC